AUGGACCGGAAGCGCGUCAAGGACGCGCUCGAGAAGCACCUGGAGAGGUCGUCGCCGUCCACCUCCAGGGGCGUCGUGCCCAAGGAGAGGGAGCGCCUCGCUGCCGGGAAGCUGCCGGCGUCGCUUGGCAAGGCGGAGAAGGUGUCUGAUGGUGAGGAAUUUGAAACUGACAGUGAAGAUUCUGAUGUCAGUGGUUCUGAGGGAGAGGACACAUCCUGGAUUUCAUGGUUCUGUACAUUGCGAGGCAAUGAAUUCUUUUGUGAGAUCGAUGAAGACUACAUACAGGAUGAUUUUAACCUGUGUGGUCUGAGUAAUCAGGUCCCAUAUUAUGAUUAUGCACUUGAUCUCAUCUUAGACAUUGAGUCUUCUAAUGGUGAUGUGUUCACUGAGGAGCAAAACGAAUUAAUCGAGUCGUCUGCAGAGAUGUUGUAUGGAUUAAUUCAUGCACGAUACAUCUUAACCAGCAAGGGUCUAGCUGCAAUGUUGGAGAAGUUCAAGAACUAUGACUUUGGUAGAUGCCCCAGAGUGUACUGCUGUGGCCAGCCCUGUCUUCCAGCAGGGCAAUCAGAUAUUCCUAGAUCGAGCACAGUGAAGAUAUAUUGUCCAAAAUGUGAGGAACUUAAUUAUCCAAGAUCCAAGUACCAAGGCAACAUUGAUGGAUCAUACUUUGGGACGACAUUCCCUCAUCUUUUCCUGAUGACUUAUCCGCACUUGAAGCCGCAGAAGCCAUCGCAGCAAUACACUCCAAGAGUUUUCGGCUUCAAGCUUCACAAGCCUUCAUGA